UCAGCUCCCCAGCAAUUGUGCCCAUAUUACACACCGUGACGGUCGCAAGAUUCGCACGCAAAAUGUGGAUGAUAAUUGUGUUCUGCUGUUUCGUUGUUUGUACGGCGAGCGAAACUUCCGUAAGCAAUCUGUACAUGGACACAUUGCUGAAAAUCGACGGGCCCCCGGGAAAUGAGGAUUAUUUCGAAGUCCCCGAAUUUAAUGUAACCGUGAGGAAGUACGGAGUUGUGAACCCGAAGUUGAGUGUAACUUUUAGAGACGGAAGUCUGUUAAACUGUGGGACCUUGGAACGCCGCGGCGACUGCGAGGGUCCGGUGAGACUGGUCGGAUCGGCGUACAUCAAGUGCACAGUGCUGCUGCGAAGUUUCGAAGUACUCUACCGCGGAGGCGAAUACACGUUCCAUUUUGGGACGUCAAUAGGAGGGCCUGCAAGCGUGGAUGCAAGCAUUCUCGAUACCAAGGCCAAAGUGGAAUUUCGUCAUUUCAAAGGAAACCAGACAGAGGAAGUGCGAGUGACUGUGGACGAAGUCGGCAUACAGCUGGGACACCUGAUGCCAUAUGUGAAAUACGUUCCCCAAGAGAUCAUGUUUCGAGAUGCGGUGCAGUCGAAAAUGAACGAGACGCUGUCGAACGUUAUCCCCGAAAUUCUGGCUGACCGAAUAAUCUUUGCGAUGGAUCACGUGAACUUCCCCCUCCCCUAAUAAAGCUGAUGCACACCUUCCA